CCUGAGAGGCGCUUCUGCGCAGGCGCGUGCCGCCUAACUAUACCCAGGAACGGGCGCAGUUUCCUUUUCGUCUUUAGACAUGGGCACACCACAGAAGGAUGUUAUCAUCAAGUCAGAUGCACCCGACACCCUAUUAUUGGAGAAGCAUGCAGAUUAUAUCGCAUCCUAUGGCUCAAAGAAAGAUGAUUAUAUUCUUACUCUGUAUGAUAGUAUUAAUGUUAUCGACGUAAAUAAAGUUGUAGAAUAUGUUCAGAGUCUACAGAAAGAAGAUGGUUCUUUUGCUGGAGAUAUUUGGGGAGAAAUUGAUACAAGAUUCUCUUUUUGUGCGGUGGCAACUUUGGCUCUAUUGGGAAAGCUGGAUGCUAUUAAUGUGGAAAAGGCAAUUGAAUUUGUUUUAUCAUGUAUGAACUUUGAUGGUGGAUUUGGUUGUAGGCCAGGUUCUGAAUCUCAUGCUGGGCAGAUCUAUUGUUGCACAGGAUUCCUGGCUAUUACUAAUCAGUUGCAUCAAGUAAAUUCUGAUCUACUUGGUUGGUGGCUUUGUGAACGACAGUUACCUUCAGGUGGACUCAAUGGAAGGCCAGAGAAGUUACCAGAUGUCUGCUAUUCAUGGUGGGUGUUGGCUUCCCUAAAGAUAAUUGGAAGGCUUCAUUGGAUUGAUAGAGAGAAACUACGUAAUUUCAUCUUAGCGUGUCAAGAUGAAGAAACAGGAGGAUUUGCAGACAGGCCAGGAGAUAUGGUUGAUCCUUUUCAUACUUUAUUUGGAAUUGCUGGAUUGUCACUUUUGGGAGAAGAACAGAUUAAACCCGUUAGUCCUGUUUUUUGCAUGCCUGAGGAAGUACUUCGGAGAGUGAAUGUUCAGCCUGAACUAGUGAGCUAGGUUCACUGAUGCAUAAGUUGCUCAAUAUAGUUUUGCCAUCUUAACAUUUCUGUAUUUGAAGUGCUUACCAAACAAUAUGUUAAUAUUUUGUAUAUGUAUUGAUUUUUAAUAAAUUGUAUAAUUAUACAUAUUGUAAAAUAAAGGCCUAGUGUGUCUUCAGCUUUUCUGAGUACAAUAUUUGGUUUAUACUUUAAUGUAUUUAUAUUCUUUGUAGCAGUAAUCUUUAAGAACUAUUUAGUUGAAGUCAAGUGUUAUACUUGAUUUUAUCCUGUGCUUCCUUCAUAUUUUUAUGUAUGAUAGUUCAUGUAAAUUGGUCUGUGUCAGUGAUAAUGUUAACUGAUAAAAAAAAUUGAUAAGCCUCAUUCUAAAUAUGAAUUAAAAGAUUUACAAAAACAAA